GAAGCUCAUCCUCUCAAUGAUUUUGUUGUUUUGACAAGCUUGGAUCUUGUUCAAUGUUUCUAGUGAUUGCCAAUGGAGGUUUAGAGCUCUCCAAACUAUAAAAAGAUGAAACCAGUUGCACUGUUUGGUAGCUUUCUUUAUAGUUUGAAACUUUCAAUAAUGCCAUCAACUUGAGCUCUCUUAUUGUGUUCUUUUUGAAAUCAUUCUUUGUUUCUAUCUUUCUUAUAUUCUUAUGCAGCCUUUUGGAAUCUUUGAUCUUUAUCUUCUCAAGGAUUUGCAUUAAUGGAACAUCUACUUGAGCUUUGUUCUUGAGUUGUCUUUGAGUUCAUUAAUUCCUGUUUCAAUCUUUUCUGUAUUCAUAUGAUUGGAUUUCUUUGAGUUUGUUUACAAUGAACACUCAGAAGAUUGUUUGCCAUGAGCAUCAACAGAAAUCAUUGAAUGAUGAUUCUUUUGGAUGUUCAAUUGAGAGUUUUGGUUCAAGAGAGGAAAUGAAUCAGCAGCAUCUUUUCCAGCCAUGUAUUUCUGAUUCAUUUCCUUCUAGUUUUAUUGGAUCAAAUCCUGCUUCUUUUUAUGCUACUGAGCUUUUGAUGGGAUUUCCUUGGUUUGAUAAUCGGCUCAGAGGAGCUCAUUCCCCGACAGAUACUCUUCCUCAAUUCGAUUGUCCUGCAGUUUCUCAAAACAUAGACAGAGUUCAAUUCAGAAAUACUGCAGAAAAUGAGCUUCAAUCAGUUGGACAAAGUAUGCAAAUGAUGGGGAUUCAGCAGGAAAAAGUUUCACCCGGAAAAUCAAACACCAAUAAAACAAGAAUUCGAUGGACUCAGGAUCUUCAUGAGAAGUUUGUCGAAGCGGUUAAUCGCCUUGGAGGUGCAGAGAAAGCAACUCCAAAAGGGAUAUUGAAGUUGAUGAGCUCUGAUGGGCUGACUAUUUAUCAUAUCAAGAGCCAUUUGCAGAAAUACCGAAUUGCAAAGUACAUACCAGAGGCAGUAGCAGGAAAAUCUGGCAGAAGAGCUUCAAUGAAUGAUUCACAACACCUUGACCCAAAAUGUGCCCUGGAAAUUACAGAGGCUUUGAGGCUUCAAUUAGAUGUUCAAAGGAGUCUUCAUGAGCAGUUGGAGAUUCAGAAAAAUCUGCAGAUGAGGAUUGAAGCACAGGGAAAGAAACUCCAGCAGAUGUUUGAACAACAACUGAAAACAAAUAUUAAUCUUGUUGAGCCAUUAAAUUUCGAUAUCCUAUUUUCAGAUGAGCAACCGAUAACUCUUGACGGAGAUUUGUCUUUUGAGCAAUAUAAAAGGACAGAUUAACAAACAUUCUUCAUAAAAAGUCAGUCGAUUAUGAAAUGAAGAUAAAGCAGUGCUAUGAAGGAUCAUUAUUUCUGAAACACAGCAAACAGAUUGAAAAUGACAAAGCAAAAAAUUGCAGAUUGAAUGUUGAAUAAUUUGAUAGAUCACAUACAGUUACGUUUUACUGUGAUUUGUGUAUGCAAAUGAUGAUUGCCAAGUUCUUUAAGAAAUUUUUUCUCUGAAUUUUAGCAUUAUUUUUUGUGAUUGAAGCUCACUCGAUGAAUUUCGGGGAGUUAAAUUGAAGUAUUUCUAACAUGGCUUCUCAUGUUCUC